AUGGAGGAAAGGUUUUGCUUUGCAAAGAUGCAUUCUAAAGUCCCACGGCUGUACAGCAAAGGUCUCUAUCAAUUUUAUUUUCGCGGCGAGUUAACACCACAAGAAGGCGAUAUAACCGUCACCACAUUCGUUACCAAGAAUGAUUACGAAGAUUUAAUCAGAUUAGCCGAGACAUGGCAAGGUCCCAUAUCAGCUGUCUUACACGUGCCCACAAAAACCCUAAGUGAUCAAGAUCCCGAAAUACUCGAUGUACUUUCGACCUUUAGUGAACUUUCUCAACAAAAUCCAUCCCUUAGACGUCACGUUGACAUUCAUCUUGUUACAGGACCAGUCUCACCGGCCAAUAUGACCGCAAUCCCCGAGCCCACCAACUUCCACCUGAAUGUUGCGCGUCUCUUUGCCCGAACGGAAUAUGUGCUUUUCCUCGAUCGAGACACGUGGCCAUCACUACAGACUCGCUCUCACAUUGAAAAGCACACGAAGCUGCUUUUAAAAGACGACGUAUUAAUUUUGCCAACCCUUGCCUACACCGAAAAUGCAACCAAUCAUGAUUUUCCGAGAAGCACCAAAGAAUUGAUGGAAUUGGUUCGGGAUAAUGUGAUCGGAAUAAAAGAUCAUGGAUGGUCACUGAAUGAAGGCCCCACUGAUUACAAAAAUUGGCUCAAAAUGGAGAAAUAUGCCAUAUCAAGAUAUAACUUGCAUUAUCAACCAAAUUUCGUGAUAAGGAAGGCAGGCAACAUCCCUUGGUAA